AUGGCAAUUGGAAAGAACAAGCGCAUGAGCAAGGGCAAGAAGGGGGGGAAGAAGAAAGUUGGGGACCCAUUCCUGAAGAAGGAGUGGUAUAACCUGAAGGCUCCCUCCCUCUUCCAGCAGCGCAACUUCGGCAAAACUCUCGUAACCAAAUCUGCUGGAACAAAGUUGGCAGCGGACUCUCUGCGCGGACGCGUGUACGAAGUGAACCUGGCGGACCUCAACCUUGAUGAAGAUCAGGGUUUCAGGAAAAUUAAGUUGCAGUGCGAAGAGAUCCAGGGCCGCAGCUGCCUAACAGACUUCCACGGCAUGAAUAUUACAAGGGAUAAGUUAUGCUCUUUGAUUCGGAAGUGGCACUCACUCAUCGAGGCUUUCGUAGAUGUUCAGACCGUCGAUGGCUACACUUUGCGGAUGUUCUGCAUUGCGUUCACGGAGCGUCGACCAAAUCAGAUCAAGAGCACGUGCUACGCGAGAUCUUCCCAAAUCCGGGCGAUCCGCAAGAAGAUGGUGAGCAUCAUGGCUGCAGAAGCAUCGAAGUGUCAGCUUCGGGAUCUGGUGAAGAAGUUUAUCCCUGAAUCAAUCGGCAAGAGCAUUGAAGCUGCAUGCAGAAGUAUCUUCCCCUUGCAGAACGUACUCAUAAGGAAGGUGAAGGUUAUAAAGAAGCCAAAAUUUGAUCUCACGAAGCUCAUGGAGCUUCAUGGCGAAGCAGGAGAGGACGUCGGCAAGGAGGUUGUGACAGAGUCUUCUGCUGCACAGAACACCUUAACUGCGGAGGUCAAGGCUUAG